AUGGGAGAGUCAGAAUCUAAGGAGGUCCCGGUGGUGUGGCACGAACGUUGGGACGAUGACGCCGAAGAACGAGGCAUUGCUGAAGCUAUGGAAGAGUUUGAAAAAAGACGGGGGGAGAAGAGGAUGAAGGAGGUACAGGAGACGUUCAAGAAGAUAAAGAAAGACCUGGAAGAGUACACAAUUGGAUCAAAACUCCGGCUCGGAAAGUUUUUCCCCGAAAGGAUCAAGGAGAUAGAAACCAUUAACAUAGGUGAGGCUACUGCCAUUACACAAAGCGAUGGUAAGGAGGGUACUACUCUCCUGGAAGAGUACCUUACCGAGUUCAAGUUUCGACUGAUCGACACAAGGGGCUUCUUUGAUUUGGGCGAGGAGUGGUCUCAGGAGUUAAAUAAUAUCCUAACAGGAAGAAUCCGCAAAGGCCAGACGAUUGGACGUAAAACAGAUGACGCCGCUUUCGCUGUGGAACAACACAUGCUUCCCGACGAGGCACCCUUCGGUGAGCAGAUCCAUGGUAUCAUCUGUGUGAUGGAGGACAAGGACCCCAGGUUGGAGCAAUACAAGACGAGGAUGGAUUCCAUGAGGGAUUACCUAAAGAAACAAGGUUACAGCCCACUCGCCGCUCUAGCCUUUAAAGAUGAGGGCGACUUCAAGGACGACGUCAAACGACGUGAAAUCACAGAGGAGUGGUCUGCUGCAGUAGGCAGUCCUAUAGACAAAACGUUUCCUUUCAUCAACCAUCUGGCAUCAGCAAGUAAAAUCAAUAUAGAUCCGGAGUCGGUGUUGAACGUGUUGGACAUCCUGGACACCGCAGUGACCGCGGCUGAGAAAUUCAUCAAGGUUCGGCUGCAGCGUGAGAAGUACUCCAGAGAACGUCAGGCAAAAGGAAGUGGCCCCGAGUCCCAGUCAGUCAGUGACUUCGUUCAGAGCAUCGGGAGGGCAAACAACUGGGACAAAAGUCGUACCGACGCACUGAUCCAGAUGCUGCAAGCCGAGGACAUCUUUACUGUUAGCGCCCUUCGGGAGGGCUGGGGAGACAUAAGCCCCAAGCUGACGAUGGGGCAGAGGUCUGCCAUAAAGCAAGCACUGUCUGAGUGA